AAACAACAGAAGACUCCCAAAACUCCUAAAUUUCAUCAAUCAACGAAAACACAGCGUGUGUUGUGUGUAUGAAGUGAAAAUUCACCAUGGAUAAAGGUAAAGCAGUGAUGGGUAUGGGCCGUAGAUGGGCAGUGGACUUCACCGAUAAUUCUACUUCUCCUCCCUCUCGCGAUAUCCCUGAUCCCCUCGGAUUCACUCGCGCAUCUCAAGAUCAGGAUGAUUCAACUCUGAGUCGCGAAAAGAAGAAUGCUGAAGCCAAUUGGAAGUCCCAGAAAGCGUGGGAAGUGGCACAAGCACCUUUCAAGAAUUUGAUGAUGAUGGGUUUCAUGAUGUGGAUGGCAGGAAGCACAGUUCAUUUGUUUAGCAUUGGUAUCACAGUCUCAGCUCUGUGGCAGCCUGUCAGUGCUCUUCAAGGAGUUGGGAAAGUUUUUGAGCCUUACAAGGACAGCAAAGUGGAUCUUCUUGGGCCAAAAUUAGUAUUCAUUGCACUCAAUCUAGUGGGUUUAGGACUGGGCGUCUGGAAGCUUAAUACUUUGGGUCUUCUUCCAACUCAUGCGUCAGAUUGGGUUUCAUCCUUGCCACCUGCCCAGGAGGUUGAGUAUUCUGGUGGAGGUUUCCUUUGAAUUGAACAAGACAGAAAGAUCUUGAAUUUGGUCAAGAUAGAAAUUACACUUCUUGAAGCAGGAGUUUGACAAUAUUUUCUUGAUGUAAUCGAGGAUAAAACACGAGAUGGAUACUUAUUAUUCAUUUCUCUCACGAUAUCUAUCAUUAUUGUCUCACAAACUGUAUGAUCACUAUUGUGUCUUGCUCAUCCUCACAAGAGCCUAUGUUUAUUGCAUCUGGAGUUAGCCAUGAUGUUCUUUUAGUGUAAUGUUUUUCAAGGGACCACUUUUGUAUCAUAUAGCUAUGAAUACUUAAUCUAUGAUAGUUGAAAUUCCAAGCAUUCCCAUCAGUUCCCAA